AUGAGACUCAGUCACAUCGAGAAUCGGCUGGAACAACAGCUUACGCUUCGAGACUUAAUUGUAAAUUCCGUCGAUAACUUAACAAAAGUCGGACUCACUAAGAUAACGCCAAAUCGCGUAAAUGCUCGCCUUUUAGCCUUGAAGGAACAUUGGGAGAAAUUCUCACUCGUUAAUGAUGCCAUUGGCUUGGCAAUGACUAAGAUAAGUUCACAUGAUAAGUUAAGUUUGCAGCAACACCCUUAUUUCGAAAACAAUGUUUUCCUGGUAACGCAUGAAUGUUAUCUCGAUUCAAUCGAAAAAAUGACUUCACUUCUCGAAACUGAUUCCGAAAGUGUAAAUGACACGCCGUCAACUCAAUCUGCGCCGCAAGAUUUAAAUAUUCAUGCUUGGCUCCAUAAUUCUCGAUUGCCUCGAUUAGACACUCCUAAAUUUAAUGGAUCACCUGAGGAUUGGCUUGAUUUUAAAGAUUUGUUCCACACAAUGGUUCUAUCCCGCGCUACCUUAUCGCCUGUUGAGAAGCUCCAAUAUCUUAAAUUAAGUUUAAUCGGACCUGCUGCCCGCUUACUAAAAAACACGCCCUCCACUUCCGGUAAUUUCGAGAAAGCAUGGAACGCAGUAGUUUCUUAUUACGAAAACAAGCGUAAUCUCGUAAGUUCAACGCUCCAUUCUUUAUUCACCCUUAAGCGCUUAACAAAGGAAUCGGCACGUGAUCUUGAACGGUUGUAUAAUGAACUUACCGACCUCUAUCGUUCAUUCGAAACUCUAAAUCGACCUAUUGAAACUUGGGAUGAUUUUCUCGUGUUUAUCGCAGUGGAAAAAUUAGAUUCCGAAUCUGUUAAAGUGUGGGAGCAGCAUCUAGGCUCAUCCACUGAGCCUCCUACAUGGAACCAAUUUUUAGACUUUCUACUUACUAGAUUGCGCUCCGUUCAAGCCUAUGAAAAAUCGCGAAUCGGAAAGAUGCCUCCGCCACAACAAAACUUCGCGAAAUCGCAUUUCCAAGGAAGGUCCCAAGAAUUUUCUGAAAAUUCUGACUCAUGUCCAUUGUGCUCGGAAACCCACUACCUUUCAAGUUGCCCACAAUAUAAAGAUAAAUCAGUACAACAACGAACGGCGAUCGUGAGUCAACACAACCUUUGUUACAAUUGCCUUCGACCUCACCGGGUAUCCACUUGUCGCUCAACCAGACGCUGCUUAAAAUGCGGGAAAAAACACCAUACUACAAUCCAUCGAAUUGACACGAAGAACGAGCCAGGAACGUCGACCUCAAGUGAAGUACCCACAGCAAAUUCGCUAUCCAAUGACACUCACGUGUUACAUUCCGCAAUUGAACAGAACUCCGUCAGUUCAUGCAUUUUGCUUGCGACAGCUAGAGUUGUCAUUGUUUCCUCUAAAGGAGAGACUGCUACGGCUCGCGCCUUAAUCGACCAAGGCUCAGAAAUAUCACUCGUAUCAGAGCAUCUCGUACAGCAACUUCGUCUUCCGCGAACCAGUUCGUCUAUUUCUUUAAUCGGAGUCGGCGCGAAGAAAUCAAGUAAAACAAAGGGGUUAACCCACUUUACGUUGAAAGCUCACUUUAAUUCUGAUAUUGAAUGCCAUAUCUCCGCUUAUAUUUUGCCACAACUCACCACGUCUUUACCAUCCGCUAAAGUUCAGUCGCAUUCCGAAUCACACUUAAAUGGGCUCACAUUAGCAGAUCCAGAUUAUACUUCCCCAGGAAAAAUUGACAUUAUCUUAGGCGCAGACGUUUAUCCGCAGAUAAUCGAGGAAGGAAUUAGAAAGGGAAAUAGUAAUUCACUACUCGCACAACGCACUAAAUUCGGAUGGAUUAUUUCUGGUCUUGUAAAUCGUACGACUGUUUCUGACAGUUCACGUUCUUAUCACAUCACAAUGGACAGAGAACUUCAUGAUCUUCUUCAAAAAUUUUGGAAGCUAGAAGAAAUUCCUUCGUCAUCUAUAUCAUUAUUAUCCCUGGAAAACCAAAAAUGCGAACAACAUUUUACAACCACUCAUUCUCGGGACCAUGAAGGCCGAUAUACAGUCAGACUUCCGUUUAAACAAUCAGUCAGCAAACUAGGAGAUUCCCGUGCUAAAGCGACACGAAUAAUUACAAGCAUAUCGAAGAAGUUUGCAGCUAAUCCAGAUUACGCUCAGGCUUAUCACGCAUUUUUAAAAGAAUACGAAGAUUUACAUCACAUGGAACGUGUCUCAGCUUCUGCACCAGAACCUCACAUAGCUUACUACCUCCCCCACCACGGAGUCAUCCGCGAAAAUAGUAUUACUACCAAACUAAGAGUGGUUUUUAAUGGUUCAAGUCGAACCACCACCGGAAUCUCUCUUAAUGAUUUGCUUCAUACGGGAGCUAAGCUUCAAAUUGAUGUCUUCGACGUUCUUACCUGGUUUCGCCAAUUUCAGUUUGUAUUCACAUCAGAUAUAGAGAAAAUGUAUAGGCAGAUUAAAGUCCAUAAAGAUGACUGGGAUUUCCAACGUAUUUUGUGGAUUGAUAAGAACAACAAGCUGAUCACAUUCCAACUCUCCACGGUAACAUACGGACUCGCAUGUGCUCCCUUUCUCGCUCUCCGCACGAUUGAACAACUCGUCAAGGACGACGGUACAAAAUUUCCUUUGGCAAUUCCCUCUUUAACAAAAGGUAGAUAUGUCGAUGACAUAUUUGGCGGAGCAGAUUCGAUUGAACAAGCCCAAGAAAUUGUUAAACAGCUGAAUCAAUUGUGCACGGCGGGCGGAUUUCCUCUUCAAAAAUGGAUUAGCAACCACCCUGACAUUCUAGCAGCCAUCCCUCAGGAAAGACAGACCCAAUUCACUGCAUUUCAAUUCGAGGACACCACGAAUACUCAAAUUCUCGGGUUGAAUUGGAAUCCCUCAAUUGACAAUUUUCAAUUUUCCGUAACCCCUACUACCACGACAAUAAUUACGAAACGAAAUAUUCUCUCCACCGUAGCCAAAUUAUUUGACCCGCUCGGGUUUCUUGCUCCUGUUACUAUUAACGCAAAAAUACUUAUUCAAGAGCUUUGGUCACUCAAAUUAGAUUGGGACGAUUCAUUACCCUCACCAGUUUCAACCAAAUGGACAAAUUUUAUGGAACAACUACAAUACAUUUCCGAAUUGUCUUUUCCUCGAUGGAUUCAUUUAAAGACAAAUCAAGUCUUCGAAUUUCAUGGUUUCUGCGAUGCGUCACUUCAGGCUAUCUGCGCCACCGUGUACAUCCGUGUCUUACAUUCAAAUAAGCAGUCAACCAUUAGUUUAGUCUGUGCAAAAACAAAGGUUGCUCCUAUAAAAAAGAUGACCAUCCCUCGCCUCGAACUCACAGGCGCAGUCUUGCUUACAAAACUAAUGUCACAUGUUUUGCGCAUUUUCGAAUUUAAUCACGCUCCUUUGUUCAUGUGGACUGACUCAUCAAUUGUUUAUACAUGGAUCAAUAAUCACCCCUCUCGGUGGAAGGAUUUCGUGCAUAACAGAGUCUGUUAUAUUCAUGAAACACUACCGCAAGCAAUUUGGAAAUUUGUCCCGGGCACAGAAAAUCCAGCAGACUGUGCUACUCGAGGAUUAACGCCUGCCAAACUCCAAGAACAUUCGAUCUGGUGGUCCGGACCUUCAUGGCUUCUUCAAGAUCCAUCUACCUGGCCAAAAAAACCACAUUCUCCAUCACACAAGGAAAAUUUAGAAGAGCGACCUAUUCAAGUGUCCACAAUCAAUGUUGAGUCAAAUAAACUGUGGGACCUUAUUAAUAGAUAUUCCAAACUCACUCGGUUGUUUCGCAUCACAGCUAUUUGCAAGCGAUUCAUAGCUCGACUUCAGAAAUCAUCUGAGACAUCGAUUACAAUUCCGAUCACCACACAAGAAAUAGAAAGCGCCAAAAUCUACUGGAUCACACGUGUUCAACAAAUAGCAUUUCAAAAGGAAUUACAAAUUCUCUCUAAUGGACAAUCACUACCUCGCUCGAGCCCCCUUCUGCGUCUCACGCCGGUUGUCGAUUCUAACGGUCUUUUACGAGUCGGAGGCCGUCUUCAAUUUUCUUCAUUACCCGCGAACUUUAAGCACCCGUUUAUUCUCCCACGCGAAUCGCCAUUAUCAGCUCUUAUAAUCUCCGACGCACACCUUCGUACUAUGCACGGAGGUACACAAUUGACUCUGUCUUUCAUCCGAAAUGACUAUUGGAUCAUUGGCGGACGAGCUCCUAUUCGUUCAUUUAUUUUAAAAUGCGUACGCUGUGCCCGGUUUAGACAAAAGCGCGCUCAACAAAUUAUGGGACAGCUUCCUAUUGAACGAUUAACACCAUCUAGGCCUUUUUUGAAUUCAGGCGUUGAUUACGCCGGACCCUUUAUUCUCAAAAACUGGAAAGGAAGAAACUCGAGAACAUAUAAAGCAUAUAUAGCACUUUUUGUGUGCCACUCUACUUCCGCUCUUCAUUUAGAAUUAGUUACGGAUCUUACCACCGAAGGAUUUAUAGCCGCUUACAAACGCUUUACCUCUAGAAGAGGCAUCUGCUCCACGCUAAUGAGUGACUGCGGAACAAACCUUAAGGGAGCUGAUUUCGAACUUCAACAUCUUUUUUCUGCAUCUUCUAAGGAACUGGGAAAACUCGCCUCAUUGUUAUCCAAAGACGGGACUCAGUGGAAAUUCAUUCCACCUGCUUCACCUCAUUUCGGCGGAAAGUGGGAGGCAGGAGUUAAAUCCGUGAAGCACCACCUGCGACGAGUUGUUGGAAAUCAUUUACUCACAUACGAAGAAAUGAGUACAGUUAUAACUCAAAUAGAAGCAGUUCUAAAUUCUCGGCCUCUCUGCCCGCUCACCGACGAUCCCGACGACUUAAACGUUCUUACCCCUGGACACUUCUUAUCCGGCGGAGCAUUAGCGACUCUUCCAGAACCUUCACUGGAAAACAUCAAACUGUCACAUCUAUCUCGCUGGCAACUAACUCGACAAAUGCUAGAUAGUUUUUGGACUCGUUGGUCCAAGGAAUGCUUGCAACGAUAUCUUGCUAUGCAUAAAUGGAACAAAGUCGCGCCACCUCUUAAGAAAGAUGACCUUGUCCUUGUCGUUGAUGAAAGCCGCUCAACGUUGAACAACGCGCAGUUCGGGCCAUUCAGACGACCAGCCGCGGACCUGCGGACGUGUCACCCUGUCGGGCUGUGUGGGGAGUCUCCGGCCAUUCACACGCUCUAUCCCAAGGAACCUCGAAAGCGUAUUUGCUACGUGUCACUCAUUUCCAAUCUAAGAACUCAAGCCACCAAAACUCAGGUCUUGGUCAUACCAAGUUCUCUCUGCUGA